UCUUGGUGUCCUAUGUAGGGCAGGUGGAGGUAUCUUUCUGUGCCCAGCAGCAGCCUUUUGUCUCAUAAUCUGUCUGCAUACCAUCUCAGCAUGAGGAGAAAUGAUAAGGAGACUGACUGUGACUGUUGCUGAGCUGUGAUUGGUCAAUCACUGUCCUGGGGCGGGGCAGCCACUUACAAACAGUCAGACAAACAGACAGACAGACAGACAGACAGACAAACCUGAUCCUAACCCCAACUCUCAAACAGGUUAAAAGAAAUAAGGACCAAAUAACAUGAGGUAUAUAACUGGUCCUCACAAAGAUAGACAUAGUGUAGAGUCACUCACAUACACACACACACACACACACACACACACACACACACACACAUCUGGAUCACAUCAGCAGUUGAGGUAAGUCGAAAGCAGCUCUGAGAUCAGUUAACACAAACUCAAAGCCCUGCAGCCCUGCUGCUGCAGUAACGAACCACAGGACUGUUAGAGAAAGAGGAAGAGAAGUGCAGCUGUUCAGAUAGAAAAAGAGAAAGCCAACCCUAACACACCCUAAGUGUUGGAGGACCUGCGAGACUGAGAACAAAAAGAAAAAGUUCAAAAGAAGAAGAGGACAUGCUGCAGGAACUGAAGGAAAAGAAGAAGAUGAAUUUGUUGUUUGGGACUCUGGUCUUCGUCUCUCUGUUGUCGUCCAUCAGCAGCGUCUCUCCGUCUUCCCGUCUUGCAGACGAAUGCUCUGGAAUGUCUGUCCACCACUGAUGUGUGUUCUGGUCUCUGCAGGUCUGCGGGCAUUCCGGCUGAAGACCAUCUGUAACGUCACCACUCUGAAGGAGAAGCAGAUGAAGGAGAUCCAGGCUCCGACCACCAACCUGUACCUGCCAGUCCUCUACCUGCUGGCCUUCAUUGUGGGUCUACCCUCCAACCUGCUGGCUCUGUGGGUGCUACUCUUCAGGACCAAACCACUGCCGUCAACCACGCUGCUGAUCAACCUGACGGUGGCGGACUGCCUGCUGCUGCUGGCCCUGCCGUUUCGGAUCGUGUACCACUUCAGGGGGAACCACUGGGAGCUGGGUGAGUCGUUCUGUCGCGUCGUCAUGGCCAUGUUCUAUGGAAACAUGUACGGGUCUGUGCUGUGUCUGGCGCUGGUGGCUCUGGACCGGUACAUUGCCUUGGUCCACCCGUUUGGUGCCAAGACGCUGCGCAGCCGGCAGACAUCUCUGUACAUGACGGCGGCGGUGUGGUUGGUGGUUCUGGCCGCCAUGCUGCCGCUGCUGGUCUCGCGACAGACUUACGUUUUGGAUGAGCUGCAGAUCACCACCUGCCACGACGCACUGCCUGAGGAGGAGCAGGAGAACUACUUCCUGCCGUACUUUGCCACCUUGUUCACGCUCUGCUUCCUGCUGCCGUUUGCCGUUGUGCUGUUCUGCCACGGGGCUGUGCUGCGCACCCUGCUGGCCGAGGGUAAGCGCUACGGUCAUGCCGUCAGGGUGACGGUGCUGGUCCUGCUGGUUUUCAUCGUGUGUCUGUUGCCUAGCAACAUCCUCCUCCUCCUCACCUACACGGACAGCUCGCUGGACGGAGACGGUGAGGACAUCUAUGUCCCCUACAUGGUUAGCUUAGCAGUUAGCACCUUCAACAGCUGCAUCGACCCGUUCAUCUUCUACUUUGUGUCGGUGGACUUCAGGGAGAAGGCCCGCAACACUCUCUGUUGCCGCAGCGACUCAGAGGACAAACCUUCGUCUCAGGGCAACAACGUGUCGUACUCUUCGUCAUCAGGCCUGAGGUCAAAGGUCACCACUCUGACCAUGUCCAGUCAGGAUGUCUGAGAGGGCGUGAGGACUGCUGACAUCAUCAUAGCUGUCAAUCAAACAUCAGAACACACUGAUAUGGAGGAAUUGAUCCCUGAUGAUUGAUUGAUUGAUUGAUUAUUAUGACAAAAACUGUAGUUUAUUUACACAUUAAUGAAAAAAUUAAGAUUUACUUGUAAAUAUUUAAAGGAAAAUUCUGUAAAUUCACUCAUCAGACUCACGUACUGGAGUACAAAACAGAAUGCCAAAUUUUAUCGUAAUGGUCCUCCUGCAUCUAUCAUACAUCAAUAAUACUUUAUUUUUAUGAUCCAUGAUGACGAAGAUACAGAGAGACAGAAUUCAACCAGUACCAGUAAGAUGUGAUAGAGUAUCAGCAGGUUUCUUGUAUGUGUCCGGAUUAUGAGCUGAUUAAGACCAGAACCAGAGUCAACAUGUCCCUCCUUUCAGAAGAGCUAACAGUGCCCCCUGCUGCUCAACCUCUGAACCACAACCACAGGGACCUUUGAACUUGAUUUUGUCACAUAGUUUGUGUCAUGUGCUUGAUUUGUAGUUCCUCACUGUGACCACCAGAGGGCAGCAGACACUGAAGUGUAUUUAACGUGUGUUUGAUAUCACAUUAACAUUAUUAGAUCUCAUUCUUCAUUAAAGAACAUGAUUCAGUUUGA